UUCUUUGAGCUUCUUCAGGAGAACCUCAGUGUGAUUUUUUAAAAUCUUUCUUAGCAGCACAAAAUGAAGAUAAAAUGGUCAUUUCAGGCGCAUUAUUUGCUUCUCCUGACACAUGUUAUCAGAGCCCAACAUGAAGUCAUCAUUGAGAAUCAGAAAACUGUCUAUGCCAUGCUCGGUGGCAAUGUGACCCUUCAGUGUUGCAUUCUAAAACAAGGCAGAAUCCAUGUUACACAAACUCAGUGGUCAAAAGUGGAUGGUGUCUCUUCAUCCACGAUAGCUGUACAUAAUCCUACCUAUGGUACUGAAUACUUGCAUUUUGCUGAACUGGGAUACAGCCAUUCUGCAAACUUCAGUCAACAAUGCCACCAUUACCAGAACAGAACUUUCAGCCACAGCCAUUCCACUGCAAGAUAUGCAGAAUGCAGCCAAUGGAGUUUACAGUUGAAUAAUGUUAGUCUGGAACUGGCAGGACGGUAUGAGUGUAGCUUUGCUACGCAUCCAGUUGGAAUCAGAAACUCAGAAAUUAACCUCAUUAUUAUGAAGCCUGUCAAACCAGAAAUCUCUAUUGCCCUCCACAUGAACGUAACUGGAAUGUUGACUCUUACUUGUGCAGUAAGGAAGGCAUUUCCCAAGACAAAUCUCCACUGGUACAUGGACAGAGAGAUUCUGAAGAACAAAUCUGAAGGAAUGUUUCUCAAAAAUGAAGAUAUAAAGGAUGAAGAAGGUUUUCAUGAGAUGAAAUCAUUGCUGACAAUAUGGAAUCCCUCUCAGUCACCUACCGGUAUUCCUCAGAUUUUCACAUGCAUGGCAGUGUACCCUUUCUCAGGAAAUGAACUGAGGAAUGUUUCAUCUGAAGACAUACGGCUUCCUUCUGGGUUUCAGUCUACAACUUUGGCAAGCCCAGAAUUACCGGUAACUAGUCAAGUCACUCCUGGUUCAGAUCCACCCAGAGAAAGACACUGGCAUGCUACUGCAAACCUGCAGAAGACUACUAUUACUAAAGUCUCUAGUUACUCCACAGUGCCACAAAGACUGCAGGAUUCUACCACUGUUCCAUCAAAGGUUUCUGUGCAUGUCACCCGCCAUCAGAUCUUAACACUACCAGGACACAUUUCAUCUACCAAAAGAGUAACUGACCGGAUUUCACAGACUAUCCCUAGUUCUUCACCCACUGUGAAGGGUGAGUUUAAUAUUACUGACAAUUUGUCUGCCACAAAAGUGACUGAACUAACCUCAUUAAUUAGCCAUGGUAACUCCCUCACUGGAAAGGAUGAGUUUAAUAUUACUGGCAUCACUAUGAAUCCAGAACCCCAUCAUUUCUUCUGGCCAGCAUUUGUAGCAGCAUUGCUUUUUGUCUGCUGUCUUUUAAUGGUUUUGGGGAUCAGAAAAUGGUGCCAUUAUCAAAAGGAAAUUAUGAACAGACCACCAUCUUUCAAGCCUCCUCCACCUCCAGUCAAGUACACAUCUAUGCAAGAAUGUGACGGAGCUUACCAAACCUGCCAUCAAUUGGAAAAUCUGUAAUGGGCCUGAAGUGCUCCAGCCAAAUAAUGGAUUCAUUCAUAAUUUUCGAAAUGAAUUGUAAGAGUUCGCUGGUGGUGAUCCAUAUUCCAGUUGUGACUCCCUAACCUUACGUUAAUGCCAAAAGCAUGAUAUUCCCUAAGUACC